GCCAGCAGCCACACAAACACGCUCCCCUCUCAGUUACAUGCAAAGUCACACACAUACCACACCACCACCGCGGCUGCUGCCACCACCACCACUACUCACACACAGAGACUCAGACACAGUGACGGCUGCCAGGCUCAGUGGGAAGCAACCCGUCAGGGAAAGAGCCUGAGAAGAAAGAGAGGGAUCGCCAAGGGGAAGAGCACAAGAAAGACAAGACUUGGAGGGGCACCUUGUGGAUCAGAGGGGAUUUUCCGUUUUUGUGAGAGGGCGUCUGGAUAAGGUGACCUGCCUUUUACCAAGGUUUUUUCUUCUAUGUUCAUCCUCCGUGCAAGACUCCAGUGAUAUCUACCUAUCUAUCCCUGGAGCUUAACAAAAGAGGGAAGGAGUGGGGAAAAAAAAAAAACAGUCACAGCUUCAGCUCCAGACCACCCUCUCUCCUCCUCCUGUUCUCUCUCCGGUUCCACAUCCAUGUGUGAGUUUAUCGCUGAUUCCGGUGUCUUUUGAGGAUAGAGCAAUAAGGACGCCGUGUGUUCUUCAGGAUACAGCUUGGCUCCCGUCGGGAUCAGGCUCCUCGUCUGAGAACGGAUAAAACGGAUAAAACAGCAAAAGAGACAGAACCAGAGAAACAGAAAGAGAGAGAGAGAGAGACACUGGAAGACAAACUGAGGGGCAUGUUCAGGGCACCAGAGAAGAGGAGUGAAUCUAAUUUCUAGACCACAUAGUGUCAAGAACCGGCAAGCAGAACACAACAAUUCAUUCUACAUUCUCCUCUUCUUCCCUCACCUUUUAGCCCCCUUUUAGUUCUGCGCUUCAGUUUUCCUAUAUUGUUCCCUCUUUUGUUACUAUCCUUCUGAAAUUUGUUCUGUUAACCCCACAUCUCCCUUACCUCUCUCUCCUGCUACCCUGGCUUCACGCUUUCCAAACCCUCAAAAAGACAGUUUCUUGCAAGCUCCAAUCAGACUGUAAUCCUAUGCCUAGUCUGUCCUCCUGUCCAUCCCGUCUUCUGUUCAUCUAACACUUGAACAGCAAGAGAAGCACAUUCUCUCUGCAUCCACUCUUGGAACAUCCCCACUGAAGGAUCCAGGCCAGUGGCUAGAAGUGAUCGAACCCCACCUGUGAGCUUCUAUCUCCAGCCUCCAGACCUUCAGUUGGAUUCUAGCUACAUGGGAAAACGUUUGGAGCAGCAGCCAAUGUACCCCCACUACACCUACUACUACCCCCACUAUCUCCAGACGAAGCAGUCAUAUGCUCCUCCUCCUUCUCAGCCUAUGGCUCCACCCAGUCCGGGCACAACAGGAGGAGGAGGUGGAGGUCAUGGAGGAGGGCUAGUGGAGCAACUUAGUAAGACCAACCUGUACAUCAGGGGCCUGCCACCUGCCACGUCAGACCAGGACCUCAUCAAACUCUGUCAGCCAUAUGGGAAGAUUGUGUCAACAAAGGCCAUCUUGGACAAAAACACCAAUCAGUGCAAAGGCUAUGGCUUUGUGGACUUUGACAGCCCUGCGGCAGCCCAGAAGGCUGUGGCCUCGCUUAAAGCCAGUGGUGUCCAGGCACAGAUGGCGAAGCAGCAGGAGCAGGACCCCACAAACCUCUACAUAUCCAACCUGCCUGUGUCAAUGGACGAGCAGGAGCUGGAAAACAUGCUGAAGCCCUUUGGUCAUGUUAUUUCCACGCGGAUACUGAGGGACGCCAACGGUUUGAGCAGAGGGGUUGGCUUUGCCAGGAUGGAGUCAACAGAGAAGUGUGAUGUGGUGAUUCAGAAUUUCAAUGGUAAAUUUUUGAAAACCCCUCCAGGAAUGACAGCUCCUCCAGAGCCUUUGUUGUGCAAGUUUGCUGAUGGAGGCCAGAAGAAGAGGCAGAGCCAGGUUAAAUAUCCCCAGAAUGGACGACCAUGGACAAGAGAAGUAGAGAGUGGCAUGCCGUUAACCUACGACCCCACAGCAAUGCAGAAUGGGUUCUACUCUUCACCCUAUAGCGUCUCCACCAAUCGGAUGAUUGCACAGACAUCAAUCACACCCUUCAUUGCUGCUUCUCCUGUCUCCACAUAUCAGGUCCAGAGUACAUCAUGGAUGCCACAUCAACAGUAUGUUAUGCAACCUACAGGUGCUGUGAUUACCCCAGCCACGGCCAUGGAGCCCAGCUUGUCUCUUCACCCAUCAAGUGUCAUGGCUCCUCUCACCCAGCAGAUGAACCACCUCUCUCUGGGCCCCACAGGCAGUUACAUCUCUGCUGCAGCGGCUGCUCCUAUGCAAGGAACCUACAUUCCUCAGUACACUGCAGUGCCUGCCUCUGCCAUUACUGUGGAUGGUGUGGUGACAGACCCAUCUCCACAGACAACUGCCCCCUCCUCACAGGAUGCCAGCGGGCAGCAGCCUUUAUCAUUGGAGAGUUCAGCAGAUCAUGCCACAGCCUACUCCUACCAGCAGACAAAGUAACAAAGGUGGUAGGAAUCAUUGCUGCAUUGCCUUUAGAAGGACUGCACGAAGGAGCUGGAGACAGGAAGAGAAUCAAAACACAACAGAGGACAUAAACAAAGCAGUGAUGUGGACAUCACAUACAGGAAAAUGCUUCCACUGCACAGGAACCAAAUAAACAAAGAACAAAAUCAGUCAUCCUUCAUAGCUGUUUGAACCAAGACAAAGACAGCUAAAAAACAAAAAACAAAGAAUGUUGAACUAAUAGACAAUGGAAUCAAUCACAGUCCAAGACUGAUUUGAUCAUUUUUCACCUUGAGGCUGGAUUUUCCCUAUCUGGAGGAAUAAAAAACUAUAUAAAAGACUGAAAUCAAAACUCAACCAACUGUACAGAAAAAAAGAAAACAUUUGAAUGUGCAGGUAGAAUUUCUGACUUUUUUAUUAAAAAAUAAAGGAAGCAAUGUCUAGGAGAAAAUACACUGUCUUCCUCUGAUAUGAAGCUCUGUUCUUUCAAUUCUUUUAUUAUUUGAGUAGUUUUUUAGGAAAUCAGUGUUUUCUUAAAUUCUUAUUGCCUUAAUUUUCUCAGACUUUGGGAAAAAAAAAAACUCCAUAGUGUUAAAUUCUUUUUAAAUAAUGAUUGGAUGUGUUUUGGAAGCCUUGGUGAGGAAAUCUACAAUGCUAUCUGUACAGGUUUUAAAAAAUGAAAACAUAUUGCAUUUGUAUGAAGAUGACAAGUGGUGAAGUGCAAAAAUGGCAAUGGAUUAGAUAAACAAAACAACUUAAUGUAACUAGUUGAAAGAGUUGAUCCUCAGCUUCCUGGGCAAUGUGGCUGUGUCUAACAGUGGGAUCAAAUCUCAGUUCCUCCGCCACAUUGUGUCGUUUUCAGGUUUAGAAGGUCUUUCAUUGCAGUCAAAAUGUUCUUAUUUGUAUGUUUUGAUUGUCUCACUACAUAAAGAAAAAAAACAAAACUUCUUUAACAACCACAUUUAAAAAGAUAGGGUUUAUAAAUGCGUGAUAAGCAAUAGUUUCAGUAAAGCUGUUGACAGUUUCUUAAGUCUUUCUUAAUGGUUGAACGCUGCCGGCAGAUGGCAUAUUUUAUACCAAAGACGAAGAAAUUAUGUAGUAAAGAGAUCUUCCUUGUUGUCUGUUCCCCUUUUCACCUUUGAAAGUGAAAUACAUUGUUGCUUAUUAUGGUUUUAUUGUAUGAGAUGCCCCAACUCAGCUGGUGAGAUUUCAAUUUAACAUGCAGUAGGUCUUUAGCACAAUGGCCUCAAUCAGAAAAGAUGUUUACUUUGUCAUGAUAAUAAACAUGGUGAUGAUUUAAGAGAAACAGCUUUCUCUACAGAGUAAGGGUUUGUAAUAUUAACUGUCAGCAUUAUUGCUAAGCUGAGUUGCUGAAAUUAAAUCACAAUUUCAUAAAAUACUACAGUUUUAACUAAUGCAAUUUGAAAUACAAGCUAAAUGUGGCACAGAUAACUUUAUUCUUUUAAAGUGUGGUAAUGUGGAGUAGUUAUAUGCUGCCAGUACCUUCCCUGCAGAAGACAACACCCAAAACUAAAACUAAAUGAAUAUAUAUUUUGUUUUAGAAUAAAUAAAGAGUAUGUUUGACUGUUAAUCGAAAGAGCAGAAACUGAGCCUGCCUGAUCUAGAGAACACCAGCCAAGUAUAGGUUUUAGGGAAAAUAAAUACGGAUUUUACAAUAAUACAAUUUUUGGAGAUUAUAUAUUUACUCGUACUCGUCGUCUUCCGCUUAUCCGGGACCGGGUCGCAGGAGCAGCAGAGACGCCCAGACGUCCCUCUCCCCAGACACCUCCUCCAGCUCCUCCGGGGGGAGCCCAAGGCGUUCCCAGGCCAGCCGAGAGACAUAGUCCCUCCAGCGUGUCCUGGGCCGUCCCCUGGGCCUCCUCCCGGUGGGAUGUGCCUCCCAAGGAAGGUGUUCCAGGAGGCAGGAUUAUAUAUUUAAUAGCUUUUUAAUUGAGAACACUUAGUUAGAUCAGCUGUAUGGUGCAAAACAUUGGAGUAAAUUUGUAUUUCUGCAUAAAUGCAAAAUCAUUUGCUGGAACUGUCUCAAAAGAUGAACCUUUGAGAAACCAGUGAAAAACAGAUAUUUUUGGUUUACCUUCCAACACACUCAAAACAAUACAAGAGAGAUGGACAUUAAUAUGGUGGCUACAAAGUUGAGAACCCAGUCUUCACAUGGUAGAUGAUCAAGCAAACACUCUUAUCAGGUGCUUUUGCACCUAUUUACAUGUUACUUUUAUAUUUAUUUAUGUUUAUGCUAUUUUAACAGCUAAACAUGUUUUGCAUUGAUAAAUGUUCUCCAAACUGAGAUUACUCUCACUUCUGUCUGCUGCAGUUAAGAUACUGACUACACAUAAGUACUACUACAUAACCCCUCUUCAACAAACAGUUUUCUCUGUCUUGCCAAACAUGUAAUUUGUAAACAUCAAUGACGUCUGUAAGACAAUAAGGCACUUCUGCAGAACAAAAACAUUUCAGCUUCUGAAUGCUCUUCCACAAGGGCAGUAUUUUUUGCUACUUACCUUUUUUUGGCUAUAACUUAUAUUUGAGCUGCUAAACACUUUUCAGUAUUGGGGAAAGAGAUUAUUUUGUGUUGUGUAUGUGUGAAAAAAAAAAGUACCACGAGAAUCACAGCAGCUGAUCAUGUUAAGACAGAAUGAAGACUUAAAAAAGAGCAAAAUAUCGUUCUGAGUAUGAGUGCAUUAGAUGGGUUGAAGCAAAGCAGGAAAAAGUAGACGCGUUGUGGUUCACCCUGGUUCUGAGUUCACAUUCUCGUAGGCAUACGCCUCAACAUCGCUCUGGAUGGAGGUUAAAAGACAAGAUGGACGGAGAAAAAGUGAUUUAACCAAAACUAAGCAGACACAAACCUCUUGUGAAAAAUAAAUCAUAAACAAAAGAGGAGGCUGAGAAAACAAAGGUAAUAUUUAUGAGGUGUUUCUUUUUUGUACAGGUGUGUGAAAGAAGAUCCAAAACUUUGAGGAUGCUAUUUUUUAUUUGCUUGGUCACAUGCCUCCAAUGUCUUUCGAAGUUGUGAUUUUGAGAAUGUCUGUAGAACCAGUGGGUGUUGCUGUAGUUUCACACGUGUUUUUCUGUUUACUUUUGUUUUCUUUGACAACUUUCAAUAAAUUUUUUUUUUUUUAAAACA